AUGUCUCGUUUGCCUGGUACACAGAAACAUAAGGCAACUACCCAACUGAUACGAGAAAAUUGUACCCAGUCUCCUCUAAUUCCUACAUUAACUGCAGGAGGUGAUGUUAAUUCAAGUGAUGCUCGUGUAAGCCCUAGUGUGAUUUCAUUACUGGAACACUACGAUAAUAAAGCAAAUGAUGAACCACCUUCUAGGCAAAAAAGGUCUCGUUUUUCAUUUAUGACUAAAACUAGCAAGGAUGGACCAGAGGUGUUGUCGAAUUCACCUGCCGCUUUUGAUCUCUCUUUAAAUUUGAGUAACGCACUUGCAUCCAGUAAGGGGAACACUGGAAUAGGUCGUGAUUAUUGGUUAGAUGAUGCCUCCGCAACUAAAUGUCGAUUGUGUGAUCGUAAGUUUACUACAUUUAUAAGAAAACAUCAUUGUCGGAUUUGUGGUAAGAUUUUCUGUUCACAUUGUACAACAUUUAUUGACGGGGACAAAUUCAACCAUCAUGGGAAAAUGAGGGUCUGUCUGAUGUGUAAUAGUUUAGCUGAUAGGUAUAAUAAUGAUGAUUUUUCAAGCGACGAAGAAGAAGAAGAAGAAGAAGAAGGAGAAGAAGAAGAAGGAGAAGAAGAAGAGGGAGAGGGAGGAGAGGACGAAGAACAUGAUAUGUACAAUGAACAUCGAGGAGACAGGAAACAAGGCGGUACCGCUUUUACAAUUAGUGAAAAUGCUGACGAUGACAAAAGCUACAUUGAUUCGAGUUUCCACACAGAAGCUGGGGAGAUAAUGCUAAAAGAUAGUCGAGACAGUUUUGGAAUCAAUAACCUGUCACCUACUCCGAUGAUGACUAUACCUACUACCAGGACCGGUGAAGCGGUUGAAAUAAGUACAAGGAAUAGAGGAGACGAGAACCAUGGCUCAAACGAGUCAUCGGAUGAUGAAAAUGAAAUGAUUUCUUUUAUGAACAACCAUAAAUUUAGCUGGCCUAAAUCUGUUGAUUUCAAAAGUAGCCGAAGUUCGCAAUCUCCGCAGGUCCUAUCAAAAUCACGGACUCCACAUUUUUUAACCAAGCUCAAUUCUUUCAAACUUAACUCUGGCCAAGGAUUAAAUAACUUAAUGAAUCAAAAUAAAGCAAGAAGGCGAAUAUUCAGUAGCAGAUUCAAGAGUAGAGCGGUUUCAAGGAAUUAUACACCAAUUUUAAAAACUCAGCAUAACGACACCAAAGAUACUACUAUCCAGUUCUCUGAUGGGUUUCAAAGGAUGGGGGAGUCUUAUGCGUAUUCACUGUUAAAGGAACUACUAGUAGAUAAAAAAAUAGAUGAUUAUGAGAAGUGGGCUACUGUUCUAGUCAAAUCCUUGAAAAAGAUAAACAACAUUGAAUUUGAUGUAAAACCAUUAGACGAAACUGGAUUUGCGUCGGUUGAUACUUACUACAAUUUUACCAACUAUAUCAAGAUCAAAAAGAUUCAAGGAGCAAAUUUCCAGAAAGCAGAAACAGUGGAAGGUAUAGUUUUUUCUAAAAAAUUACCAAACAAAAAUAUGCCUUCGGCGAUAAGCAAUCCCAGAAUAAUGCUCAUAACAUUCCCUAUAGAAUAUGAACAAGAAGAACAAAACAGUAUGCAUUUUCAGAGCUUGGAGGCUGUAAUUGCCCAACAGGACCAAUACAUUAGAAAGCUAGUGGACCGCAUUAUUAACCUUAGACCUAGUAUUAUUUUGUCAUCCAGUUCCGUUAAUGGCCUCGCUUUAGGUAUAUUUGCGGAAGCUGGUCUUGCGGUCGCUCCAAACUGUAAGUUGACUAACUUGGUUAAACUGUCAAAAUUUACCGACUCUACUAUAAUCACAUCAAUUGAUAUCCUAGCUAUGAAGCCCAAACUGGGGACUUGUGGUUCGUUUAAAGUCAUGCAUUUUAAACAUGAUAAUGUGGUGAAAAGCUACUUUUUAUUUGACUCUUGCCCGAAUAAGAUAGGCUUGACGAUAAUUUUAAGGGACCCCGAUGAAGAUAUUCUAACCAGAAUUAAGGGUUGCUUGAUGAUAAUGAUUUAUGCAUUUGCAAACAUAAAAUUGGAAUCAAGUUUUCUGAGAGACCAGUGUUUAAAAAUUGAGGAUUUUCAAGAUUACAAGUUUUUCAAUUCCAGAGAUUCUGUGUCUCUUUACACGUAUAAUUUCCAGAGCUAUAGAGAUUUUGCUUUUAUGCUAGAGAGUCGUUUGGUAAGUACAUCCCCAUGGGUUAAGUUUGAAAAACCUCAAAUACUCUUACAACUAGAAGAAACGGAAUUAAAGGCCGAAGAAAACCGGCUACUUUACAAUAACUUUUUAUCCAAAUUUGACCGUUCAAAGUUUGAAUUUACUAAAGUUUUUGGCUUAGAGGAUCUGAAUAUUACAGAUGAAUAUGAUUUAAAAAAGCUUGUUGGAGCAAUUCACGAGUACAGACAGAAAUAUUGGCAAACAGAGAAUUUUUUUUACUCGAAGAAAUGGGAUCAGUUUUGGAAGACUAGGGAACUCACAUAUUUUGAUCCAAAUUACAAUCAAAACAUUGUUUUUCUUUUCAGUUUGAUUUCCAAGAAAAACUCAACUCCUUGCAUUGGACCUGAAAUUCAGCUGAUUGAUUUUUAUUGGGAAAAUGACUUCAGUUUGGGUCAAUUUAUUGUGGAUGUAUGUUCCAGUGCUACUCACGUAUGUCAAAGUUGCCAGUUGUUGCUCAAAGAUCACUAUCGUUCGUAUGUCCAUGAUAAGGGGAAAAUCGACAUUUUCAUUGAACCGAAUAAUUUGAAUGUCAAUACCGAUACUAUAAUGACUUGGAGCAUCUGCAAAAAAUGCUCUAGCUCGACACCAGUUUUACCUUUGAGUGAUACGUCCUAUAAGUAUUCUUUUGGAAAAUUUCUGGAGUUAGUAUUUUGGUUUAAUCCGUCUUUUGACAUUCGGGUUUUGAGUAACAAUAGCAAGUGCCACUGCCACUCAGAUGACUCCCAAUUUGACUUUUUUAAGGAGUAUGCCCAUUACUUUAGCUACAAAAAUUAUAAGAUAUUAAUGGAAUACAAUAUCAUCGACAACUUGAAGUUGAUUACUCCAAAGCCAGAACUUUUUUGGAAUCCCGUUUAUGACUACACUAUCAAGUCCAACCAUUUCAAGGAUAUUGAGCAAAAAAGUGAGAAUUUUUUCCAGUCGGUGAAGAACAGACUAGAGAGAAUAAAGUUAGAUGGUACUAACUUAGACUUAGAAGAGGUUGAAAAAGGUCGUAAAAAAUUGAGUGAAUUGAAAGAAAAAUUGCAUGGACAAAAGCAAGAAAUUGACCUCCUUCUAAGUACGGUUUACAAGAAUACGCAUAUUAACGAGCAUCUAAAAUUGAAUAUAGUAAUUAGAGAAGUACAAGAACUGUCAAGCUUUUGGAAUGUUGAAUUUCAGGCUUUUGCUAAAACAUUUUUACCAAGCGAGAAAGACGUCAAAAAGAUAACCACCUUUCAGUUGGACAAACUAUUCAAGACUCUAGCUCUCAGAGAUGAUAGUGAUGGAGACAAUGAGAACAACAACCUAAAUGAAGCCACAAAUGAAAACGAUGAACAAAUAGACGAGACAGCAAACAAAGAACAGCCGACAGAAAAGGAAAUAAAAAGUAAUAGGAAUAACCUGGGUGCUCGUAAUUCAUUAAUAACCAUUCCGAAGAAGCAGAAAAGUCAAUUAAUAUUGAACAGAAUAGAUGAAUUAAACAGUAAAAACAACAACGAUUUCUUUUGGAACAAAUCAACUGAACCUUUGGACGAGGGCAAAGUAAAACAACUCACAAAAUUUUUUGACACACAAGAGUACUUUGACCAAAGGGAACUCGAAAAACAGAAGAUAGCCAAUUAUCAUAAAUAUACACCAAAAGUCAGCAAUAUGAGGCCCAAAAUUGAAAUUUAUAAAGAUGCAAGUGAUGCUGUGAAUGCAGAGGGUACUAGGUCGGUUAAUACUGGUGAGAAUCAAGCUAAAGGUGGCGAAACGAAGGAGCCUCUUACAAAUGAAAAAAGCCCGGAGAAAAGAGUUGAACCACAACCUGAAAAAGUUUCCUUGUUGAAAUCAUUGACCAAUUUUUGGGCCGAUCGUUCUGCAACUCUUUGGGAGCCUUUAUCAUACCCUUUGGGAACAUCCGAACAUAUAUUCGUGGAUUCAGACGUGAUUGUCAGGGAAGAUGAGCCCAGUUCCAUUAUUGCAUUUUGCUUGAACACAGCAGAUUAUGAAUCCAAGUUACUGAAUAACAACUGGACACUACAUGAGGGAGAGCAGAGUCAAGAAGAUGAUCUAUCGCUGGAUGAAGAAACUACAAUCACAGACGAAGAAAAGAAAAUUAGAAGAGAUGCAAAGUUAAAAGACACCAUGCUGAAAAAAGGCUUCCAUUUGAAAUACCAGUUUGAAGAAGGGUAUUCUACUAUAUUUUGUAAAAUCUUUUUCACUCAACAGUUUGAUGCGUUACGUAGAAAGUGUGGCAUCAGUGAAAAUUACGUGGAAAGUUUAGCCAGGUGUAUCAAAUGGGAUUCAACUGGAGGUAAGAGUGGCUCGACAUUUUUGAAAACUCUAGAUCAAAGAUUUAUUAUAAAGGAGCUAAGUAAAGCAGAGUUGGAAGCAUUUGUUCAUUUUGCACCGAGCUAUUUUGAAUAUUUUGCCCAUGUUUUAUUUCAUGAUUUACCCAGUGUUUUAGUUAAAAUAUUUGGUUUCUAUCAGAUACAAGUUAAAAAUUCUUUACCUGGAGGAAAGUCGUAUACCAUGGAUAUCCUUAUCAUGGAAAACCUAUUCUAUGAUCGAAAGAUCGACAGGAUAUUCGACUUGAAGGGUUCUAUGAGAAAUAGGCACGUUGAGCAAACUGGUAAAGAAAAUGAAGUUUUGCUAGAUGAAAAUAUGGUUGAAUAUAUAUAUGAGUCGCCAUUAUUUAUUAAAGAAAAUGAUAAGAGAUUACUAAGAGCAUCAUUGUGGAAUGAUACCUUGUUUUUGGAAAAGAUGAAUGUGAUGGACUAUUCGCUGGUGGUUGGUAUUGAUCAUUCCUGUGACGAAUUGAUUGUUGGAAUCAUCGAUUGUAUUCGUACAUUCACGUGGGAUAAAAAAUUAGAAAGCUGGGUAAAAGAAAAAGGCUUGGUAGGAAACACCGGAGUAGGUAAAGAACCUACAGUUAUUACUCCGAAACAAUACAAAAAUAGAUUCAGAGAAGCCAUGGAGAGAUACAUCUUAAUGGCUCCUGGUGUUUACUACCAAGGAACCACCAAUACCUAG